AUGGGCUGCGCCGCGUCCAAGCUCGACAACGAGGACACCGUUCGCCGGUGCAAAGAUCGCCGCCGUCUAAUGACGGAAUCAGUUCGCGCACGUCACCAGCUCGCCGCGGCUCACGCCGAUUACUGCAGAUCGCUCCGCCUCACUGGAUCUGCUCUCUCCUCUUUCGCCGCCGGCGAGCCUCUCGCCGUAUCGGAUCAGACUCCCGCCGUGUUUCUCCACACUCCGAGCGAACACUCGUCCUCCAAUUAUAUACCUCCACGUGUCCCUCCGUCGCCUUCCGUCUACACUCCCCCGCCGCGGGCUCCUUCCGUUGCUAGCUCCAACAGCAAGCUGCCUCCGAUCGUUACGGCUCCACCCUCUAAUCGGAGACGGAAGCAGCAGCAGCAGCAGCCGAAGCUGCCUCAUAUACUCUCGAGCCCUUCGUCAAGCGAGAGAUCUAACUUCAUGCCGUCGAGUUUCUACCCUAGGGCUUACCAGAACUCGACUUACUCCGCCACGCCUUCUCAAGCCUCCUCGGUCUGGAACUGGGAGAACUUCUACCCUCCGUCCCCUCCCGAUUCCGAGUUCUUUAACCGGAAAUCUCAAGAGAGGCAGCAACAUAACCGGUUUAGCGAUCAAGAGAGGCAACACGACUUACAUAACCGGUUUAGCGAUACGGAAACCGAGAGAUCUGAGCAUGAUUUCUUCGAUUCGAGGAAGGAGAAGCAGUUUGAUACGGAGACAGAGAGAUCAGCCCACUCGAGGAAGCAGAAGAAGCAGUUUGAGACCUUGGAGGAAGCAGAGAGAGAGGAAGUGCAGUGUAGCGAAUGGGAGGAUCACGAUCAUUACAGCACCACUAGCUCAUCGGACGCCGCCCAUGAGGAGGAGGAGGAGGAGGAGGAUGAUGAUAGAGAUUCAAUCUCCGAAGUUGGAACGCGUUCUGACUUCGGAUCUUCUGUGAAGACUAGUUCGAUGAGACGGCAGCACGCACCAAUGGCGCAGGAGUAUAGCGGUGGAGGCGUUGGACAAGACAAGUACGGGAAAGGAGACGACGCGGCUACGAGUUACAGCGGGAGAGGAGAUGUCUCUGACAUGAAGAUGGUGGUGAGACACAGAGAUUUGAAGGAGAUUGUGGAUGCCAUCAAGGAGAACUUCGACAAGGCGGCUGAGGCCGGAGAACAAGUCUCUCAGAUGCUCAAUAUUGGCAAGGCUCAGCUCGACCGCAGUUUCAGCCACUUGAAGAAAACGGUGAUUCAUUCGAGUAGUGUACUGAGCAACCUGAGCUCAACCUGGACCUCUAAGCCGCCAUUGGAAGUCAAGUACAGGCUUGACACAACCGCACUUGAGCAACCGGGAGGUCCCAAGAGCCUUUGUUCCAGUCUAGACCGCCUCUUGGCAUGGGAAAAGAAACUCUAUGAGGAAGUCAAGGCUAGAGAAGGGUUUAAGAUUGAACACGAAAAAAAGUUGUCGAAACUUCAAAGUCAAGAGUACAAGGGGGAUAAUGAGACUAAGCUGGACAAGACAAAGGGGUCUAUAACUAGGUUGCAGUCUCUUAUAAUUGUUACUUCCCAGGCCGUCAGCACAACUUCUACUGCCAUUGUCCGCCUUCGAGAUACUGAUCUUGUCCCGCAGCUCGUUGAACUCUGUCACGGCUUCAUGUACAUGUGGAAAGCAAUGCAUCAGUUCCACGAGAUUCAGAACAACAUCGUGCAGCAAGUUCAGGGGCUCAUUAACAGGUCAGGCAAAGGGGAAUCAACAUCUGAACUACACCGACAAGCAACACGCGACUUGGAAACAGCCGUGUCUCUAUGGCACUCCAGUUUCUGUCGGCUGAUUAAAUUCCAACGGGAGUUCAUACGUUCGGUUCAAGCCUGGUUCAAGCUAACUCUCCUCCCAGUUUGCCACGACGAGAACCCCGGUCACAAAGAGCCGGUAGAUGCCUACGCGUUUUGCGAUGAGUGGAAGCUUACUCUUGACCGAGUCCCAGACACAGUGGCUUCAGAAGCAAUCAAGAGCUUCAUCAACGUUGUCCACGUGAUAUCCGCGAAACAAUCAGAGGAGCUAAAGAUAAAGAAACGAACCGAAUCAGCAUCAAAGGAGCUUGAGAAGAAAGCUUCAUCGCUUAGGAACAUCGAAAGGAAGUACUACCAGUCAUACUCCACGGUCGGGUUUGGUCUCCCGGAUUCAGGACCAGACAACGGACACGGGCUAGACGCUCGUGACCCCCUCACGGAGAAAAAGUUAGAGCUAGGAGCAUGUCAGAGAAGAGUGGAGGAAGAGAUGCUGAAACAUUCAAAGGCAAUAGAAGUGACAAGAGCCAUGACUUUGAAUAAUUUACAGACGGGUUUGCCAGGUGUGUUCCAAGCUUUAACCAGUUUCUCAGCUCUGUUCACGGAGUCCUUACAAACGGUAUGCACUCGCUCAUACUCCAUCAAAUAGCCCACCACUAUAUUAUUACUAUAUAGUUUCAAAAGGAUACAAAUACUAUAUAGUUAAAGUUUUUGAUGAGGUAAAAGGGCUCCAGAGCUAGAAAUUUCCUAUGGGUAUGUCUCUUAUUUAUUUCGGGAUGGUUGUUUGGAUAAAUGUUUUAUUUCUGAAGAGAAAAUGUAUAUAUUAUGGAGUCUAUUUUUAAAACAUGCAGGACUUGGCGUUUUGAUUUCUAUGUAUGAAAUGUGGUUGUUUUUGUUUGUUCAUGUAAUUCUUAGCUACAUAUUCUAAAGAAAUUCCAGGACAUGAAUAAAGAACGUUCUCUUGCUUUUUCA